AUGAAUGAAGUAAAUGACCAGGCCACUGGGAAUCCAGGAUGUUCUUGUGCUUGCGAUGUUUGUUAUUGUGGACCAAAUUGCAAGUGUACCGAAUCUCUCUGUCGAUGCGAAGCCUCGUCGGUCCUGAAUUCUCUGAGUGGCAGUAGAAUCAGGAGUGGCGCCAGAAACACCAGCAACAACAGCAACGAACAUAAUUGGCCAGUAGAAGAGAUUGGAGUCUCGGGCAUGACUUGUUCUAUGUGUACAAGUGCCGUGGAACAAGGUCUUCAAAGCCUGAAUGGGGUCAAGGGGGCGAAUUGUUCACUAGCAACUCACCAAGUUCGUAUCGAGUAUGACAGUACUAUUGUAGGAAGAAGCGACUUCAUUGAUCUGAUCGAGGCGAUUGGCUACGAGACUGUGACCCGAGAGUCUUCCUCUAGCACUGUCGAGCUCUCUAUUUCGGGCAUGACAUGUACCAUGUGUUCCCAAGCCAUUGAGACUGCACUGUUGGCGGUCCAUGGUGUGGAGCAAGUCGCGGUUUCUCUGACGACCAAUUCGGCUCGAGUGCAGUUUGAUUCUUCCAUAAUAGUGCAACCAACAAGUCUCGUUGAAACGGUCGAAGAUAUUGGAUAUGAGUGUUCCUUAAUCUCGGUUCCUGCGGAUGCAGACAUGGCCAAUGAUCGCUUGGAUGUCAUGCUGGAACAACAGGAGAAAGAAGUGUCAAAGAAAAAACGAAAUUUCUAUUUAUCGGUGGUUGGAGCUCUUCCAACCUUGCUAAUUACGAUGGUGCUCCCUCAUAUCCCAUGGAUGAAGGGACUGAAAUCCUUUCUUCAACAAGAUGUUGCGGUUGGAGGCGGCACGGUAAAACUGGAAGCUCUCAUCUUGUUUGUUCUAUGUACUCCGGUGCAGUUUGGAUGCGGAUGGCCAUUCUACAAACAAAGCUUUUAUGGUUUGAAACGUGGAGUUCUUGGUAUGGAUGUCCUGGUUGCCUUGGGAACCACAGCUUCUUAUGGAUACGCUCUCUGGGCUACUUUUACAAACUCGAUCGAGUACCAUUUCUACGAAACCUCUACCGUGUUGAUAUGUUUUGUCCUUUUGGGAAAGCUCCUACAGUCCUUGGCGGUUCGAAGGACAUCGGCAGCUCUCACCAAGUUGCUAAGCCUCCAGCCAAAAACUGCAAUCAAGGUCACUCUAGCCGCUGGAGCGACAAGUCCUUUGGACGGUGCAUACACGGAAGAAGUCGUGCCUCUACAAGCCAUUGUUCCUGGUGAUCUCGUCAAGGUACUUAAGGGGGCCUCUAUUCCAGCGGACGGUACCAUUCGGUUUGGGGAAAUGAGCGUGGACGAAAGCAUGAUUACUGGAGAGUCCAUACCAGUACUCAAGACGGAGGGAUCCAUCGUAUUAGGAGGUACCAUUUGCUCCGAGAGUGGCCAGCGUGUUGGAGCAGCCUUUGUGACUGUGACGGGGGUGGGUGCAUCCACAGCACUCAGCCAAAUCGUUCAGCUCGUGCAGGACGCUCAAAACCGGAACCGAGAAGUGCCGAUACAAAACCUGGCAGACAAGGUCUCGGGCAUAUUUGUUCCGACCGUUGUAGCCUUGUCUACAAUUACAUUUAUGGUUUGGUAUGCCUUGAUUCAAGGAGGUGUUGUGCCGCUCUCGUUAUUGCCUGAAGACGAAUCGCCUUCUACUUUUUCACUGCUGUUCGCGAUUGCGGUUCUUGUGAUAUCUUGUCCUUGUUCGCUCGGAUUAAGUCUUCCAACCGCAAUCAUGAUGGGAACCGGAGUUGGGGCACAGAAUGGUAUAUUGUUCAAGGGAGGCGAGACAUUGGAGUCAGGUGCUAAGGUUGACAGCCUGGUCUUUGAUAAGACUGGUACCUUAACACUUGGGAAACCAGGAGUUACGGACUUUAAUAUCAUGUCGAUCGAUGAAAGCUUUUGGAAUGAUCUAAAAGAGAAGAUUGACAUCCCAUCCAAUACAACAAAAAACUGUGUUUUGUGGUUGCUUGCUUCGCUGGAACGUAAUUCUGAGCACCCUCUUGCAGGUGCAGUCGUGGCAUAUGCCGAAGAGCACUUGGGAGACAAUUGCGACUUUCAGCAGCCGUCUGACUUUACUGCUUUGACUGGUAGAGGUGCUUCAGCAACAAUAAAUGGUGACAUCAAGGUCGCUGUGGGCAACCGAGCAUUCGGCGAGUUGCAAGGCCUUAAAAUCAAUGAGAAAGUUGAGCAUGAAAUGCAACGUUUGGAGCGCCAGGGCAAGACUGCGAUUCUUGCAGCCUUCAAUUCAACAAUUUGCGUAGUGAUGGGCAUCGCAGAUGAGCUGAAGCCUGGAGCUGCGGCUUCUGUGAAGUACCUAAAGGACGAAAUGGGCAUUGAUGUUUGGAUGGUCACGGGAGAUAACCGCCGCACCGCUCGAGCAAUCGCUCGCCAACUGGAUUUACCCAUGGAAAGGGUGAUCGCAGAAGCUCUUCCAGCCUCAAAAGUUGCCAAGGUACAACAGCUUCAAGAACAGGGAUGUAUCGUUGCGAUGGUUGGCGAUGGUGUCAAUGACAGUCCGGCUUUAGCUCAAGCUAAUGUUGGACUGAGUCUCGGUACUGGUGCGGAGAUUGCAUGUGAAGCAAGUGAUAUGGUUCUAAUCAGGGGAAAUGUGGAGGAUGUUUGCACAGCCCUUGAUUUAAGCCGGGUUAUUCUACAAAGAAUCCGAUUGAAUUUCAUGUGGUCUCUGGUAUACAACUGUCUUAGUAUCCCGAUUGCGGCAGGUGUCUUUUAUCCGAUGACCCAUGCCCGUUGUCCGCCAACAGCUGCUGCGCUUGCCAUGGCAUUGUCCUCCAUCAGUGUCGUCUUGAGUUCCAUUGCAUUACGUCUCUAUCGACCACCACAGAUUGGGCUGAAUCGGGUUCAACCAGCGAGAGGGCAUCAACGAUCAAGCAGCUCGGUCGAGACCGAAAAUGAUUUGACUGAACCUUUGCUGGCGCAAAGUGAGACAGACGUCGAAUCUAACCUACAAACUUCCUCGGAAGAGUGCUAA